AUGACGCGACGAUCUGAAGUAGCAGCGGAAUCCCGCCGCUUCAGACGCGCGGCGCCGGGGCAUUACGCCUUCUUGCGCCACUGCUGCGGUGCCGGUUGGCAUCAGGGUUGUGCGCGCCGCGCAUUCCGUGCUGCACUGUGCUUCUUCUUCUGGGGAGAGCCGCGCCGCAGAAGCCGCACGGAAGCUCGGGCAGGGGCGGGGUGCGUUCCGGGCGGAAAGGGCGACAGCGCAGCGGCUGGUGCGGGCGCUUCUCCCUCCGGCGGCAUGCGGCCGUGCCGAGGCAUGCCCGCGCGCCACGCCUUGGUGAGUUUUGCGGCGCUCUUUGCGCGGCCGGGCUGUACCGUUCUGCGGGCACCACCGCAGGGACUCCGCGAUGCCGGUGGCGGAACUUCAGUUGCGCGGGCCGGGCGGCCCGCGUCGGUGGCGAGGGGCGCCGCGAGCUCCUGUGCUCCGCCCGGUCGUUUUGGCUGGGCGGGCCCUUGCCGCAGCGGCCCGGAGGCAGGGACCGCCGGCGGUCGCAACGCGGCGGCCGGCCCGGGGCGGACCGAUUGA